UGGCCACGAGCUGCCGGGGGACGGCCGCGGCUGCCCAGCGAGGCGCACAGAAGCGCAGAGAGCGCUCCCCGGCGGGUCCCCAGAGCACUCGCCUAGCCCGGGCAGCGGCCCGGCCGGGCGAGCAUGGGCGGCGCGGAGUGACGCCGCCGUGCCCGCUUGGCAUCAAGGACAUUCAGCCCGCGGGGGUGGGGACGAAGGGGGGCAGCCCCACGUCGCCACCGCAGCUCCCGAGAGCCGGCGCCGCCGCCGCUGCUUGGGCUCCGGGCUGGGUUGAGGAAAGGGGUGCCUGGAAUCGAUCCACAUUUCCCGACCUUUUUGUUGGACACUACGCGCACCUUGGACGCUGCAAGAGGAGCUGUCAAGCCCCGCAGGCACUGAUUUGGCCCCCUCCGUUUUCCUUUGCUGCUCCCGGCUUCCCUGUGUCUCGGUGGAGUAUUUGCGUUUGGGGCUGGGGCUGGAGGAGGCAGCCACACGCGCGCACACGCACACGUUCAGAGGAGGGCGAGAGGCAGCGGCACAGGCACCAUCUGCAGUGUCAAUGCGGCGCUCCCGCUAAAGGAGGGAAACGCGGCGCUUCCAGGGGAGAUUGCCCUGUUGAAUCCUGGCCCUCCGAGGGGACAGCUGUGUCCGAGUGCUGCUGAGCUGUGAGGACCCACCUCUGAAAUGAAAGCCAUGCCUUGGAACUGGACUUGCCUGCUCUCCCACCUGCUCAUGGUGGGGAUGGGCUCCUCCACUCUGCUCCCCCGACAGCCACCCUCACUGUCCCAGAAGCGGUCUUUUGUCACAUUCCGGGGGGAGCCCACUGAGGGCUUCAAUCACCUGGUGGUGGAUGAGAGGACAGGGCACAUUUACUUGGGGGCUGUCAACCGGAUUUACAAGCUCUCCAGUGACCUGAAGGUCUUGGUGACCCACCAGACAGGGCCAGAUGAUGACAACCCCAAGUGCUACCCACCUCGCAUUGUUCAGACCUGCAAUGAGCCCCUGACCAGCACCAACAAUGUCAACAAGAUGCUCCUCAUAGACUACAAGGAGAACAGGCUGAUUGCGUGUGGGAGCCUGUACCAGGGCAUCUGCAAGCUCUUGAGGCUGGAGGAUCUCUUCAAGUUGGGGGAGCCCUUUCACAAGAAGGAGCACUACCUGUCAGGGGUUAAUGAGAGUGGCUCAGUUUUCGGGGUGAUCGUUUCCUACAGCAACUUGGAUGACAAACUCUUCAUUGCCACAGCAGUGGAUGGAAAGCCUGAGUAUUUUCCUACCAUCUCUAGUCGGAAGUUGACCAAAAACUCUGAGGCAGAUGGCAUGUUUGCUUAUGUCUUCCAUGAUGAGUUCGUGGCCUCAAUGAUUAAGAUCCCUUCAGACACCUUCACGGUCAUCCCUGACUUUGAUAUCUACUAUGUCUAUGGUUUCAGCAGUGGCAACUUUGUCUACUUUUUGACCCUGCAGCCUGAGAUGGUCUCUCCCCCAGGCUCCACAACAAAGGAACAGGUGUAUACAUCCAAGCUUGUGAGACUUUGCAAGGAGGAUACGGCCUUCAACUCCUACGUGGAGGUACCCAUUGGCUGUGAGCGCAGUGGGGUGGAGUACCGCUUACUGCAGGCUGCCUACCUGUCCAAAGCUGGUGCUGUGCUUGGCCGGACCCUGGGUGUCCAUCCAGAUGAUGACCUUCUCUACACUGUCUUCUCAAAGGGCCAGAAGCGAAAAAUGAAGUCUCUGGAUGAAUCAGCCCUAUGUAUCUUCAUUUUAAAGCAGAUCAAUGACCGCAUUAAGGAACGGUUACAGUCUUGCUACCGAGGCGAGGGCACGCUGGACCUGGCCUGGCUCAAGGUGAAGGACAUCCCCUGCAGCAGUGCGCUCUUAACCAUUGAUGAUAAUUUCUGUGGCCUGGAUAUGAAUGCCCCUCUGGGAGUGUCUGAGAUGGUCCGUGGCAUUCCCGUCUUCACAGAGGACAGGGACCGCAUGACUUCCGUCAUCGCAUAUGUCUACAAGAAUCACUCUCUGGCCUUCGUGGGCACCAAGAGCGGCAAGUUGAAGAAGAUCCGAGUGGAUGGGCCCAGGGGCAAUGCCCUCCAAUACGAGACUGUGCAGGUGGUAGAUCAUGGUCCAGUCCUUCGGGAUAUGGCCUUCUCCAAGGAUCAAGAGCAACUCUACAUCAUGUCAGAAAGGCAGCUCACCAGAGUCCCCGUGGAGUCCUGCAGUCAAUACCAGAGCUGUAGCGAGUGCCUUGGCUCUGGCGAUCCCCACUGUGGCUGGUGUGUGCUGCACAACACGUGUACCCGGAAGGAACGGUGUGAGCGAUCCAGGGAAUCCCGCAGGUUUGCCUCAGAGAUGAAGCAGUGUGUCCGGCUGACAGUUCAUCCCAACAACAUCUCCGUCUCUCAGUACAACGUGCUGCUGGUCCUGGAGACGUACAAUGUCCCAGAGCUGUCAGCAGGUGUCAACUGUACCUUUGAGGACCUGUCAGAGAUGGAUGGGCUGGUGGUAGGCAAUCAGAUCCACUGCUACUCACCAGCGGCGAAGGAGGUGCCCCGGAUCAUCACAGAAAAUGGGGACCACCAUGUUGUACAGCUGCAACUCAAGUCCAAAGAGACGGGUAUGACCUUUGCUAGCACCAGCUUCAUCUUCUACAACUGCAGUGUCCAUAAUUCGUGCCUGUCCUGCGUGGAGAGCCCAUACCGCUGCCACUGGUGUAAAUACCGGCACGUAUGCACCCACGACCCCAAGACGUGCUCCUUCCAGGAGGGCCGUGUGAAGCUACCUGCGGACUGCCCCCAGCUGCUGCGAGUGGACAAGAUCCUGGUGCCUGUGGAGGUGAUCAAGCCCAUCACACUGAAGGCCAAGAACCUCCCCCAGCCGCAGUCAGGGCAGCGUGGCUACGAAUGCAUCCUGAACAUCCAGGGCAGUGAGCAGCGAGUGCCUGCCCUACGCUUCAACAGCUCCAGUGUGCAGUGCCAGAACACCUCUUAUUCUUAUGAAGGGAUGGAGAUCAACAACCUACCUGUGGAGCUGACAGUCGUGUGGAAUGGGCACUUUAACAUCGACAACCCUGCUCAGAAUAAAGUUUACCUCUACAAGUGUGGGGCCAUGCGUGAGAGCUGUGGGCUGUGUCUCAAAGCUGACCCAGACUUUGAGUGUGGCUGGUGCCAGAACCCAGGCCAGUGCACCUUGCGCCAGCACUGUCCUGCCCAUGAGAGUCGGUGGCUGGAGCUGUCGGGUGCCAAUAGCAAGUGCACAAAUCCCCGAAUCACGGAGAUAAUUCCAGUGACAGGCCCCCGGGAAGGGGGCACCAAGGUGACCAUCCGGGGAGAGAACCUGGGCCUGGAAUUCCGGGACAUCGCCUCUCAUGUCAAGGUGGCCGGUGUGGAGUGCAGUCCUUUGGUGGAUGGCUAUAUCCCUGCAGAACAGAUUGUGUGUGAAAUGGGGGAGGCCAAGCCCAGUCAGCAUGCGGGCUUUGUGGAGAUCUGUGUGGCUGUGUGUCGGCCAGAGUUCAUGGCUCGCUCCUCGCAGCUCUACUACUUCAUGACCCUGACGCUCUCAGAUCUGAAGCCCAGCAGGGGACCCAUGUCUGGGGGCACCCAAGUGACCAUCACAGGCACCAACCUGAAUGCAGGCAGUGACGUGGUGGUGAUGUUUGGGAAGCAGCCCUGCCUCUUCCACAGGCGAUCUCCUUCCUUCAUCGUCUGCAACACCACGUCCUCAGAUGAGAUUCUGGAGAUGAAGGUGACAGUGCAGGUGGACAGAGCCAAGAUCCGCCAGGACCUGGUCUUCCAGUACGUGGAGGACCCCACCAUUGUGCGCAUUGAGCCAGAGUGGAGUAUCGUCAGUGGUAACACACCCAUCGCUGUCUGGGGUACUCACCUGGAUCUCAUUCAAAACCCCCAGAUCCGUGCCAAGCAUGGAGGGAAGGAGCACAUCAAUAUCUGUGAGGUUCUAAACGCUACUGAGAUGACCUGCCAGGCUCCAGCCCUGGCCCUGGAUCCUGACCACCAGUCAGACCUCACUGAGAGACCUGAGGAAUUUGGCUUCAUCCUGGACAAUGUCCAAUCCCUGCUCAUCCUCAAUAAGACCAACUUCACCUACUAUCCCAACCCUGUGUUUGAAGCCUUUGCACCCUCAGGAAUCCUGGAGCUAAAGCCUGGCACUCCCAUCAUCUUGAAGGGUAAGAACCUGAUCCCACCUGUGGCUGGGGGCAACGUGAAGCUCAACUACACCGUGCUGGUCGGGGAGAAGCCGUGCACUGUGACAGUGUCAGAUGUGCAGCUGCUCUGCGAGUCCCCCAACCUCAUCGGCAGGCACAAAGUGAUGGCCCGUGUGGGCGGCAUGGAGUACUCCCCAGGGAUGGUGUACAUCGCCCCGGACAGCCCUCUGAGCCUGCCUGCCAUCAUCAGCAUCGCUGUGGCUGGUGGCCUCCUCAUCAUCUUCAUCGUGGCUGUGCUCAUCGCCUACAAACGCAAGUCCCGCGAAAGCGACCUCACGCUGAAGCGGCUGCAGAUGCAGAUGGACAACCUGGAGUCCCGUGUGGCACUGGAGUGCAAGGAAGCUUUUGCUGAGCUGCAGACAGACAUCCAUGAGCUGACCAGUGACUUGGAUGGAGCCGGGAUUCCCUUCCUGGACUACAGGACCUAUACCAUGCGGGUGCUGUUCCCGGGAAUUGAAGACCACCCUGUGCUCCGGGACCUGGAGGUUCCAGGGUACCGGCAGGAGCGCGUGGAGAAAGGUCUGAAGCUCUUUGCCCAGCUCAUCAACAACAAGGUGUUCCUGCUGUCCUUCAUCCGCACACUCGAGUCCCAGCGCAGCUUCUCCAUGCGGGACCGUGGCAAUGUGGCUUCGCUCAUCAUGACGGUGCUGCAGAGCAAGCUGGAGUACGCCACUGAUGUGCUGAAGCAGCUGCUAGCCGACCUCAUUGAUAAGAACCUGGAGAGCAAGAACCACCCCAAGCUGCUGCUCAGGAGGACGGAGUCAGUGGCUGAGAAGAUGUUGACCAACUGGUUCACGUUCCUCCUCUACAAGUUCCUCAAGGAGUGCGCUGGGGAGCCCCUCUUCUCCCUGUUCUGUGCCAUCAAGCAGCAGAUGGAAAAGGGGCCCAUCGAUGCCAUCACGGGCGAGGCCCGCUACUCCCUGAGCGAGGACAAACUUAUCCGGCAGCAGAUCGAGUACAAGACCCUGGUCCUGAGCUGUGUCAGCCCAGACAAUGCCAAUAGCCCUGAGGUCCCUGUGAAGAUCCUGAACUGUGACACCAUCACUCAGGUCAAGGAGAAGAUUCUGGAUGCCAUCUUCAAGAAUGUGCCCUGCUCCCACCGGCCCAAGGCGGCAGACAUGGACCUUGAGUGGCGACAAGGAAGUGGGGCAAGGAUGAUCCUGCAAGAUGAAGACAUCACCACCAAAAUUGAAAAUGACUGGAAGAGACUAAACACCCUGGCCCAUUACCAGGUGCCAGAUGGCUCUGUGGUAGCCUUAGUGUCCAAGCAGGUGACAGCGUAUAACGCAGUGAACAACUCCACAGUCUCCAGGACCUCAGCAAGCAAAUAUGAAAACAUGAUCCGGUACACAGGCAGCCCAGACAGCCUCCGCUCGCGAACUCCCAUGAUCACCCCUGACCUGGAGAGUGGAGUCAAGAUGUGGCACCUGGUGAAGAACCACGAGCAUGGGGACCAGAAAGAGGGUGACCGGGGAAGCAAGAUGGUGUCUGAGAUCUAUCUGACUCGGCUACUGGCCACUAAGGGCACACUGCAGAAGUUUGUCGACGACCUCUUUGAGACCAUCUUCAGCACAGCCCACCGCGGCUCCGCCCUGCCACUGGCCAUCAAGUACAUGUUUGACUUCUUGGAUGAGCAGGCUGACAAGCACGGCAUUCAUGAUCCCCACGUCCGCCACACUUGGAAGAGCAACUGCCUGCCUCUGCGGUUUUGGGUCAACAUGAUCAAGAACCCACAGUUUGUUUUUGAUAUCCACAAGAACAGCAUCACAGAUGCUUGCCUGUCUGUAGUGGCUCAGACCUUCAUGGACUCCUGCUCCACAUCAGAGCACAGGUUGGGCAAGGAUUCGCCUUCUAACAAGCUGCUCUAUGCCAAGGACAUCCCCAGCUACAAAAGCUGGGUGGAGAGGUAUUACUCUGAUAUUGGGAAGAUGCCAGCCAUCAGUGACCAGGACAUGAAUGCAUACCUGGCUGAGCAGUCCCGGAUGCACAUGAAUGAGUUCAACACUAUGAGCGCGCUCUCAGAGAUCUUCUCCUAUGUGGGCAAAUACAGCGAGGAGAUCCUUGGACCCCUGGACCAUGAUGACCAGUGUGGGAAGCAGAAACUGGCCUACAAACUAGAACAAGUCAUAACCCUCAUGAGCUUAGACAGCUGAGAACCAUCCUUCCAGGGCCACCCUGGAGGGAGGGACACACCAAGCCGUGCCUCAGUCUAGAUUAUCAUCUUUACCAAGUGCAAGUUCCGACUGGCAUCAGCAGCAUCCCCUGAGCAGUGCUGUCUCUCUCUCUCUCUCUCCCCACUUCUCUGCCUCUUUCUGUCUCUCCCUCCUUCCUGGUCCUCUUCUCCUUCAGUUUUUCUGCCAACAUGAUUGGACCAAGCUACCAGCCCUCAGUUACACCUUGGUGGCCAUCAGGCCCACAGCGAGGGAUCUGACCAGAAGAUGUCAGAGUGGGGCCCUCUUCCAGCUGCUUCUCACCCCAUGUACCAGCAGCAGGGCCAAAUAUGGAUGAGGAGCUGUGGACAGAGGACAUUUUUAUGCUGCUACUUCACCUUCUUGGAGAAUGGUCCAAAAUUUGGCUUAGGGAAGAGACAGAGAGCUCAGUAUUAUCUUCACUGGGAAGAUGUCACCUGACUCUUCCCCCCUCUCCCCCAGUGCUUCUAUCUCCAAGGAGCCAGUCAGUGGUCUGGGUGCUUUGUAAAUGGUGAUAAGAGAGAGCUCCCCUUCCACAUACGGCUGGAGUGGGAACUGUGUGAGGAGUUGGGAGACGCUCCUCAGGGCUGCUUCCUACCUGCUGG